CUCUCCUCACACGCCUCACGCCCCCUCCCAUUUCUUUAUUACUCCCAAAAGUUCAGAAUUCUAUAGCUCAAUCCACCAUGGCUUCUCUUCUUCAAUUUUCACUUCUUUUAGUCAUUGCAUUGCCUCUGUUAAUCUCACCGGCAUGUUCACUCACCUGCACGUCACAAACCUUCUCAAUGAAAACCACACACUUCACCAACUGCACUGACCUCCCAUCGCUCAAGGCCUACCUGCACUGGACCUACGACCCGACUGCAAAGCCCGACCCAACUCUCUCAAUUGCAUUCAUCGCCCCUCCGGCGAAGCCCGACGGGUGGGUCGCCUGGGCACUGAACCCGACGGGCUCGGGCAUGGUGGGGUCCCAAUCUCUAGUCGCAUUCAAAGAGUCCAAUGAAUCCAUGGUGGUGAAAACUUACAAUAUUUCAUCCUACGGAUCCAUGAUGGAGUCUAAGAUUUUGUACAAUGUAUUGGACAAGCGAGCGGAAUAUUCCGACGGGGUAAUGAGAAUAUUCGCCACGCUGGCAAUGCCGGGAAACGUGGUGGAGUUGAACCAAGUGUGGCAGGUGGGUGGGUCGGUGAAGAAUGGGGUGCCGGAAAAGCACGAGUUCUCGCCAGAAAAUUUGGCUUCAAAAGGUACGCUGGAAUUGGCGAGUAGGGCAGAGAGUCAACGUGGAAACUCUGCUGUGAGUGGAAGGAAGAGUUCAAAUGUGACUGGAGAAAGUUCGAGGAUUUGGGAGAGUGGAUUGGGAUUGUAUGGGGGUUUCAUGCUACUUGGGAUUUCAAUUUUAGGGUUUUAGAUUAUGUGAUGGCCAUUAGAGUAAGUAGAAGGAUAAUAAUAAAUACCAGUGAGACAGUGAUUUUAGUACAGAAAAAAAAAAGUUUCAUAUAUAUGCUUGUUUUGUCAUUGAAUCCAUGCUUCAGUUGGCGAGCCACCGGUUUAACCAAUAGCGGAUUAUAUCAGUAAAUCACUAAGCCAUCGGUAU